UAUCAAAAUGUACAAAGCAUUUUCAUAUAGAGAUUACACAAAGAGAAGAAAGAAGAACAUGGCUCAGUUUCUUGACAAAGCUAAACACUUUGUUACUGACAAGAUAACACAAAGGAAGAAACCAGAAGCAACGAUUACUAAUGUAGAUGUGAAGACAUUUAACAUGAACUCAGUCACUCUGCUUGCUAAGGUUUCUAUAACGAAUCCAUUUUCUGUACCGAUUCCUAUCGGCGAGGUUGAUUACACCCUCAAGAGCCUAGACAAGGCUAUAGCUACUGGAAAAAUGCCUGAUCCAGGUUCAAUCAAGGCGAACGGCAUAACGCUCCUGGAGGUUUUGGUGAAGGUGCCAUACAAUAUUCUAAAGAGUGUAGCAAAGGAUGUUGGCUCCGAUUGGGACAUAGAUUAUGAAUUGUUGUUGGGUAUCAUAAUUGAUCUUCCAAUAUUUGGUGAUAUUACAAUCCCACUAUCUCAUAAGGGUGAAUUCAAACUCCCUACCAUUACUGAUAUUUUGAAAGGGGGAGGAGGAUCAAAGCUCGAAAUGCCAAAGAACUUAAGUGCUCUCAAAAGCUGGUUUUAAGAAAAUGAUGUGUGAAAUUUAUGCUUUAAACUUAAACAAGAUACACUAUGUACAAUGUUUCCCUUUUACAGUGUUUCAAAGAUAAAUAACCACCUUUUAUAGAAAAUGAGGCAGAACUUUUUAAGAGGCGUCUUGUGAGA